CGACUGGUGUGAAAGCAAUGCUCCAAUCGAUAUUUUUUCGUGAUAACCGAGCAAGCAAGCAACUCAAAACACAACAUGGAGACGAAGAGGUUUUGGAUUAUCGUUCGAGAAGAUAAAAUUGUUUCAGAUAUCAAGGAAGUGACAAUUCCGGCGAAGAGAGAAAUUUUUAAUUAUUCUGAUGAUAGGCGACUGCUUUUGAAGUCCUUAUGUGCUCAACUGGGAAUUAGCUACAAGGAUGACAAAGUUCUAAAGCUAAGAAAUGGCAGAAGUUCUCUGGUUCCUAUCAGUAGAAGUCUUUCACCAAACACUGUAACAAGCCCAUUUAUCUUAGAAGUUUGUGAAACACACAAAACAGUAAAACCUGGACUGAAGCAGAUUGUUAUACCUAGCCACAGUGAGAUUUGUCAGAAGAAGAAGGAAACGCUAUCAAAGAGGAUAGAAAGACUUGAGAAAAUAAUUCCAGAUUUGCCUCUGUUGAGAAAGGCAAAGCUUGCUAAUGAAAUGAAAGAUGUUGAGGCAAGGCUUAGCUUUCUGAAUGAAAGAAUGAAGGAAGCAGAAACACAGCAGUGGAAAGGCAUGUUUAAGAAGCACCCACUGUGGUGAGGAUUCAUCAGGUCAGUUUGAUUCAGCUGUUGUCUGCUGCAUCACACUAGCUUGGCUUCUCAUAAAGAGAUGAUCAGUGUACAUAUUCUGCAUUAUACCCAGAUAUUUUGCAUGAAAACGACUCCAGACGCAUCUUGAAUCUUAAAAUGUACAAAAUAGUAUUUCAAGUUAUCAAAACCUUGGCUCAUUUAGGGAGCAUUUUUUAUGUAUGGGAAAAUAUUUAUUUGAUAUAUUUUUAGCCGCAUUGUAAGUAGUCUCCUAUGCAGCCGCUAUUAGUUUCGUGACGACACUAAUAGCAGCUGCGUAGAAUACUACAUUGUUAGACGGUUGGUCAAAUUUCUACAAGACAAUCAACGGGCAGACAUAACAGCAUGUUGUACCAUUCAUAGGCGCCAACUCACUCAGUACUGUAUGUUUUCCACUCUUACCAAAAAUUCUCUAAUUGUAUAUAUGUUUAUUAAUAUAUGUAUGAAAUAGUUAAUAAUAAUAUCUAUGAUAUGAAUAGAAUCUGAUUUGAAAUUUUGUUCACUACAA